GUUUGUUACUAAAGCGCCCUCUAACAUUUACCUUCUUUUGCAAAACUAUUGCUUGAACAGUUCUAAAACAUGGCCCCUAGAAAAGGAAAACAACCCAAAGAGGAAGUUCAACUAUCACUUGGACCUCAAGUUCGCGAAGGUGAAAUAGUUUUCGGUGUAGCUCAUAUUUUCGCUAGUUUCAAUGAUACAUUCGUUCAUGUUACUGACUUGUCUGGAAGAGAAACUAUCUCCAGAGUCACUGGAGGUAUGAAAGUCAAAGCUGACAGAGAUGAAGCUUCUCCCUACGCUGCUAUGUUAGCUGCCCAGGAUGUAGCUGAAAAAUGCAAAACAUUAGGAAUUACUGCACUCCACAUCAAAUUGAGGGCCACAGGUGGUAACAAAACAAAAACCCCUGGACCAGGAGCCCAAAGUGCACUCAGAGCUUUGGCUCGUUCUAACAUGAAAAUUGGUAGGAUUGAAGAUGUGACUCCAAUUCCAUCUGAUUCCACACGUAGGAAGGGAGGUCGCCGUGGUCGUAGAUUGUAGACUGUGUCUAUUUUAUCUAUCGAUUUAUUGCAAUUUUUGUUUAUAUAUUUAAGUAUAUAACAUGUUCAUUCAAUAAAAUUUGACUGAGCAAUUACAUGUUUU